AUGAAACCACUGAAAGCAAUAGCCACAAAACACGCCACUGAUACAGUGGACAGACUCAAACCUGCUACAGUUCAAAAACAUGCUUCGAUUGCAAAUCAAGCAUUUGUUUUAGGAAGUUUAAUUUCAGCAUAUUUUCUGUACAUGAAUCCUCCUCCAGCUACACAAAGGUACCAAUAUGUCCAGCCUACCAUGCAUCGAUCCAUGCUACCGACAUUUCAAGAGCAGCGAUCUGAUCCAUUUCAUCCGCUGUAUUCGUCCACCAACAGCUCAACCGUACUAAACCUGCAAGAGCCUUCCUGGAAGCGAUCACAUACUGAGUCGACCAAAUCGCCCAAAAUAUCUCCAGUUUCUAGAAAGCCAUCUUCGUCAGUCAGCACAAAGUCGUCGUCGAGUAUCCCAUAUUCUACUAAUGAUUCGAAAAAGUCUAAACCUUACAUGUGUCGCUGCGUGCCUGAAUCUCCACUAAAGCGAACUGUGUGUGUUGGAUCCAUUGCAGUAAUAUUACUCACACUCAGUCUAGUUGCAUAUAUAUUUGUCCCAAAACCUCCUACUUUUUCGGUUGAAUCCAUUACACUUCCCGACUCGUCAAGCAACUUUCAAAUCUCCAGCGGACUAUCGGAUAUCAAUUCGUUAUCUAUAUCUGCCAACCUGCGAGUCAGCUUUAGUUUUGACAAUCCCAACAAAUUUCCAAUCAAGGUCAAUCAGCUUAAACUUACCGCGCAGCUAGCUCCUGAUUUCAAUCAAUUACAAUCGUCCCCAUCCAUUCAACAGAUGAUCAACUUUUCAGAAACAAAUAACAAAUCCAGUGCUGUAAACAAUAAUAAUAUGGCUGUUGUCAGUCAUGACGCUAAAGAGCAGCAGGCUGGAUUGGGAAUCAAAUCGGAUUUGGAGCUUUUGCCAAAACAGCAAACAAGCUCGGAUCUUCAGCUCAAUUUCAACUACACACCCAAUCCAUCGACAGGAUUGCUAAAGGAUCCAGCUUUGGCAGAAAUCCUUCAAGCUUGCGGAGUUGCUGGACAGCGUCGGCCCAUGUCUCUUCAAUACACUGCAACAACCAACAUUGACAUUUUCAAACAGUUUGGAUACGUGCCGAGUUUUUCAAAUACAAUCCAGCUAAAUUGUCCAUUUGAUGAUGCGUCUGUUUCAAGCAUUGUACAAACUAUCAAGUCCAUACUGAAUCUACCACCUGGUAGCCCUUGA